AUGUCUUCUGUUAAGCAUCUGAGAGAGUUUAUCAGCCAGCGACUAACUGCUGCCGCCGAGGAAAUAUUCUCAGAGUUUGAAAUAACAUCGUCCAGUACGAGGACGAGAUCGAUCGUCAGCGCAGACUGCUGGAAUGAAGCAGGACCAAAUAGAAACCAUCUUGUCUCUCAAAACUCUCCUGAGGCUGAGAGGCCAGGUCCAGAAGAAGAUUAUGGAUCAACGACAAACAAAAAGCUCAGGCCAAAGCUAAGACCCCUUAGUAACAGUGCGUCAGAGAGGCAGUGUGGUACAAAUCAGCGCAAAAGUCCAUCAAAUGUGAUGUUUGUGGAAAAGCCUUUAAGUUUCAGUCCCAAAUUAGGACUCACAACAGGGUGCACACAG